AUGUCUACUACCACCACUCAGACCUCAGGCUCGACCACCACGGUCAACAAGUACAAAUAUGGCGCUUAUCUCCCGGUGUACGAUGAGACCACUACGUUUCCACCACUUCAGCCAUUUGAGUUCAACGACCGUGGACUGGUUGCGAAUAAGGCCAAAUCCAACCUCUUUCCAGAAGGCAAUUCCGAUUUUCAGGUUUCCAAGAUAACCCCCGUUAUCGGAACUGAGAUUCGUGGCCUCCAGCUUUCUCAGUUGAAUGAUCUGCAAAAAGACGAGCUGGCCCUCUUGAUUGCCGAGCGCGGUGUCGUUGUUUUCCGUGAACAGGAUUUCAAAGACAUCGGCAUUCAAAAGCAGAAGGAGUUUGGUCGCUAUUUUGGCCCGCUGCACAUCCAUCCAACUGGAGCUCACAUCAAGGACCAUCUGGAGUUCCACAACAUCUAUCUUGGUCCAGACAACGAAUACCGGAACGAGAGCAAGCUUGAUAAGCUGUCUACCAUAGGCUAUCAUUCUGAUGUGUCAUACGAGCACCAACCACCAGGUAUCACCAUCCUGACUUUGCUGUCUGUACCUCCUUCAGGUGGAGACACGAUUUGGGCAAGCCAAACUGCUGCAUAUGCUAGACUGAGCACCCCGAUUAAGACUCUUCUGGAGGGUCUGCGCGCCGAGCAUAGCGGAUACCCACAGGCAGAAAAGGCGCGCCGAGAUGGCCGUCAUGUGAGACGGGAGCCUGUAAAGAGUGAGCAUCCCAUUGUCAGGAUCCAUCCGGCCACUGGACAGAAGGCGUUGUUUAUCCAGCCUGGUUUCACCAAGCGUAUCAUCGGACUUAAGCAAGAGGAAUCAGACGGAUUGCUCAAGAUUCUGUUCAAACAUAUCGCACAAGGACAGGACUUCCAGGCUCGAGUAAGAUGGGAAGAAGGGACUGUUGCACUCUGGGAUAACAGAGUUACUGCUCACACCGCUGUCAAUGACUACAAUGUGCAUAACCCACAGGAAGGGCUGCGCCAUGGGUUCCGAAUCACGACAUUGGCUGAUAAGCCUAUUGGCGUGAACGGGCUGGAAAGCGUUUGGUAG